AUGGAUCCCCUGACUGCGCUCUUCCAGGAGAUGUGGUCUCAAGGCGAAGUCCCGCAAGAUUUCACUGAUGCAACCAUCGUGCAUCUAUGCAAGCGAAAAGGGAACCGCCAAGUCUGCGACAAUCACCGCGGCAUCUCCUUGCUGAACAUCGCCGGGAAGAUCUUCGCUCGCAUCCUUCUCAACCGCCUCAAUGAGCACCUGGAACAGGGCCUUCUACCGGAAAGUCAACGCGGCUUCCGUCGUCAUCGUGGGACCACGGACAUGAUCUUCGCCGUCCGUCAACUUCAGGAGGUGUCAGGAGAUGCGGACACACCUGUACUCUACGUUUGUGGACCUGACGAAAGCCUUCGAUACGGUGAAUCGUGA